AAAACAACACGCAAACAGACGUCCCCAAUCUUGUUGGUGUGUGAGUGAAUGAAUGACAACGUCACAUUUUCAUGUGUGGUCGUCGAAUUCAGUAAAAAACAGUCGUUUGGCAACCGUCGAAGAGAAUACUCGCAGCUACUCCUCUGAAAAAACUCCUUAAUUUAAACACACAAUUAAAAUGGCCGAUUCCGAUAAUCCAAUCUACGGACCCUUCUUCGGUGUUAUGGGAGCCGCCUCAGCUAUCAUCUUCAGUGCUUUGGGUGCUGCCUAUGGUACAGCUAAAUCAGGUACUGGUAUCGCUGCUAUGUCAGUGAUGAGACCAGAAUUGAUCAUGAAAUCCAUUAUUCCCGUUGUCAUGGCUGGUAUUAUUGCCAUUUACGGUUUGGUCGUAGCUGUCCUUAUUGCUGGUGCUUUGGAUGAACCCUCAAAAUACUCCCUUUACAAGGGUUUCAUUCAUUUGGGUGCUGGUUUGGCUGUAGGUUUCUCAGGCUUAGCGGCAGGUUUUGCGAUCGGUAUUGUUGGUGAUGCCGGUGUCAGAGGUACAGCUCAACAACCUCGUCUCUUCGUCGGUAUGAUUUUGAUUCUCAUUUUCGCUGAAGUAUUGGGUCUGUACGGUCUCAUUGUUGCCAUCUACUUGUACACCAAAUAAAUUAAUCGUCAAUGCUGCAACAAUAACAAUAAGAACAACAAACACAACAACAAUAAGAAUAAAAAACAACCA